AUGCAUUAUACAAAAAUUGGAUGCUUGCAAAUCUUGCAAAUCCUUGCGAUUUUGCUCCUUGUCAAUGCAAAUGAGCGAAGCCAACCGAGACAGGUUAAAAAACGCGGUGUCGUGGAAAACGUUGGCCAAAGUUUAAAGUUUGCGGGUCAAAUGUUUGGUAUCAAUACAGCCGCUGACGUGGCAAAUCUAGUAGCGAUGGCAUUUGCCACGAAGAAGCCCAACUUUAUGUCAAUAUUCAAACAACAACAACAAACAAACGAUAAUGACAGUGAGGCAGAUGAAUCGCAACAGGACAAUGAGUCGCAGGAGCAGCAGACAUCGAGUGUGAAAAACGAGCAACACCACAAACAGCAGCAAGAAAAAGACGAAAGUGGAGAGCAGCCAAAGGAGCCGCCCAAUAAUUUAGAUUUCAGCACCAGUCGGUUUGUAAGAGGAGUUUUGCGCAUGAUUGGCUUCGAUGCUACUAAAUUGGGUGCACUGGCCAUAAAUGCGUUAAUUAUGAUUGCGCAGGCGAUUGGCAAUGCUUUUACGCCCGCAACACGUACCAAUGAUGGCUACUCGCCCCCUUUAACGCCCUAUGACAACGCGGACGAAGGCGUACCAGAAGCAAUGCGCAAUAGUGAGCAGGAGGCCCAUCAGCCACGCGCUUUACGUGAAGGUACACCAAUCGAUUGGUAUUUGGAGAAUCCGAAUGCGGAGAUGCGUCGUAUGUUGGACAAUGCAUUGAAUUCGCAGCUCACAGACCGCAUCGCGGAAAUGAUUGAACGUGUAGAGGAGCAAGAAGGCGGACAGGCUGGUUGUAUUAAGUUGCUGAUGUGUAAGAGUUCGCCCAUUAUUUGGGGCAUGCAAAGGUCGGUGAGUGAGCGUGUAACGGGAAAUGUGGUAAAUACAACGGAUGAAAGUGCGACGACAAGAGAGAAGGCGAAGCCAAAAAAACCAUUUUCUACAGAAGUUCUAUUUGCGCAUUUUCCCACAAUUGAGGAAUUUCGCGAACAUGGCGCUAUUUGUGACGAACGGUUUGGCAAGCAAUGCAACGUAGAUAAGGAUGAUGAUGGUGAUGAUGAUGACAGCGAUACGAAACAAGCAAAUGAGUCGAAGAAGCAAUAGCAUGGAAAGUUGCAAUUAAGUUAAGGAAAUUUGGCAGUAAGAGUAGUACAU